AUGUUUCUGUCUCUUCCUACGUUGACUGUCCUUAUUCCAUUGGUCUCGUUAGCAGGGCUGUUAUACUCGGCCUCUGUGGAAGAAAACUUCCCACAGGGCUGCACUAGCACAACCAGCCUGUGCGUUUACAGUCGGCUCUUGCCGAUUACCAUACCCGUUUAUGUGUUCUUCCACCUUUGGACUUGGAUGGGUAUUAAACUCUUAAGGCAUAAUUAAUCCAACCAGA